CGAUUUUGCUCCUCCGUCGCCGACGUCCUUUGUUUCGACCCACCUCCAAUCCCCUCAAGGCCGACUUUUCGCUUUGCCAAUUGCCUCCGGUCGGAGGUCUUGAUGAAUCUGGUUCGAUAGGUCCCUCCCCGCUCGUCCAGACGCCACUUUUGCCCAACCUCAGCCUCCUAUCAUCGGUGUCACCACCACCACCCACCACCAUCAAUAUGUCCCGAUCCGCCGCCGAUGCGACGAGGUUUACGGCCACCGGGCCCUAUGCCAGCUCCAAACCUGGGAAUGCCCCCUAUAAACUGCCCAGUCAUAUGUCGAACUCGGCGUCGAACUCCCAGUCGCAGGGGCCGGGGGGCAACCCGGAGACUCCGAAAGAAAAGGUCGAGCGGUUGCGAGCACAGGCCCGGGCGGCUCGAAUGGCCCAGUCGACAUCUCGUGUAGAUCAGGUGGUGGAUGUGGGACGGCGGUUCGCGAAUAAAGCGCACAAGGUGAUGGUUUACUCUCUGAUUACCGCGUCCGGUGUCUGCGGAGCUCUUACGGUCUACUCUCUGGUCUCCUUAACGUUAUACAACCGCCGGCAGCGGGCUCUGUGGGUUGAGAAAGAGCUGCAAAAGCUGCAGGACGCGAAGACAGCACAUGCCAACGGAUCGGCAACGUCGGAGCAAUUGGAACUAUUGAAGAACGAACAAAUCGGCGAAAUCUUCAAGCAGAAGAAGGAAGAGCAGAAGGCCGAACGCCCAUGGGAUAAGGUGAAGCAGUACCUUUUAGGUGGACUGAAGCCGGAGGAUUCCCCGUCCGGACACCCGCAGUCUGGGAGCGUGCCCGACAACAAGCCCGGGGUUUUGGAGGCACUCAACGCAAAGGCCUUGGAAGACGCCCAGUCGAAAGAACCCUCGGCAUCGGGCCAACUGGAUGCGAUGGCGGAAAAUGCGGAAAAUGCUGCGAAGCAGUCAGCACGAGGCUGGAAGAGUUGGUUCACGGGGCGGUAAGGACGAAGCGAGGUUGAAAAGAACAAAAGAACUCACGAAGGAAAACAAAACAAUCCGCAUGAUGCGGGGGUGAUUCUUUCCAUGGUGUGUGCAUGAGCAUAUUUGGUCUGCCUUUUCUUACUGUUAUAUUGUUAUCAUUAUUACUCCCCCUCCGAUCCCUCCUCCCCUGUACUCCACCGAUCUGGAGGUUACGGCGUCUAUUCGGGUGUCUCGCGUCUUGGAACCGAUGUAAUACUGGGUCACUGCCAUCAUGUGUACAUAUACUUCCCGAACCCUUGGUUACAGCUUUCCAUCCAGGAAUUGAAUAUUAGAGCAGCAUACGGCAUGGGCAUGGGCCUUCGCGACUCAACGCGUCCGAAAUAAAUUGAGAACCAAGAG